CCCCCCCCCUCUCUCUCUCACUCAUCCACUCCCAUGGCUCUCACCAUAGUCGCCGGCGGUGGGAUCCCAUACGGCGGCGCCACUACAAGCUCCUCUACUCGCCCCUCCCUCCGAGGUCCCAUUUUAUCCCCAUCAAACCCAUCUCAUUCUCUUCCAUUCCCACACCGAAACUCUCACAUAGUCUCAGCAGGCAAGAAGCUCUCCUCCAGAACCGGGAGGUUCGACAGCAAGAACAGAAAGAGCGCGACCACGACCAGAGAACAAGAAGAUGAGCUGAAACAACGGACUGCUGAGAUUGAAAGCGAAGCAGCAGCCGCUGAUGUUGAUGUUGACGAUGGGUAUUUCUUGCCGGAGCUUCCCGGAGACAAGCCGGAUUUCUGGGAGGGGCCUCAGUGGGACGGUCUUGGCUUCUUCGUGCAGUACAUGUGGGCUUUUGGGAUUGUUUUCGCGUUAGUUGCAUGUGGAAUUGCCGUGGCCACAUACAAUGAAGGUGCAACAGAUUUUAAGCAGACUCCUGCGUACAAGGAAUCGAUCCAAUCGAGAGAGCUUUUAGAAGAACCAGACGGUUCUAACUCAGAUGUUUUCGAGUCCAACCCCACCGAGGAGGCACCUAGCUUGGAAUAGCAACCCCGUAUCGAAUCCGAACAACUUACCAGUAGCUCAUGGUAAAACGUAGUUAAAGAAACACUCCAACUAUAUGCAUUGCCCUCAUUGUAUAAGGAAAUAAUAUUGUAUUGGUGUAAGUUAUUCACAUUUAUGUUUUACUGUUGUUACAUGA